AUGGUAGAUUUAUUAUGGACAGUACCAUUAAUAGUUGGUGCUGUAUUAUGGGCUGGUUGUGAUGUAAUAUCAGAUGGUGUUAUUGCAGAGGUACAUCCACACAACCCUAAAGAAUCUUCUUCCUCUUCAUCAUCAUCAACACCUUCAUCAUCAUCUUUGAAAAGGAAUCAUGACGAUGAGGAAGGAAUUAACCUCUCUCCAAUUACAUCGGCUUCUACAUCACCAUUAUUACCUUCUUCAACAAAUUCAUCUACGACAACGACAACAACAACAACAACAGAGUUAUUAGCAGAUUAUAAAAAGAGUGAUACUCUUAUCAUGAUUAAUGAAAGUGAUAAAAGUAGACAUCAUCAUCAUCGUCAAAAGAUGAUAAACAAUGAAGAAGAUAUCAAGUUGACCGGUGAACAAGACUCUAUCAUCUCUGGUAUCGUCAUGUUUAUAUGUGGUAUCUUUCUUCACAGUUACUAUGGAAGUUCACAUAUAUUCUCUUUCUACUUUUCAAACAACAACAACAACAAUAACAACAACAAUGGUGGAGGUGAUGCUGGAAUAGAGAUGAUUAAUCCAGUUAUUAUAUUAUAUGCAUCAUUAUUCUCUGGAGUAUUUCAAUGCUUUUCAUUGAUCUAUCUCUUGAAAGCAUUUGAAUCUAGCAGCUCAACAGUCAUUGUGCCAUUAAUGCAACUAAACUCAAUCUUCCUCCUCCCAAUGACAAUAGUACUAUCGUUGCUAUCGGGCUUCUUUCCAGUACUCUCUACAUUCCACAAGAUUAUUACGCCACUUCACUUUAUAGCCUUUAUUCUCAUCUUUAUCGGUGGCUUUUAUCCUGCCGUCGAAGGAGAGUGGACACAAUUCUCAAAGGGAUUUUGGAAGCAAAGGGCAGUUAGAAACGUACUCUUAUCUGACCUUCUCAUUGCCUUUUACUAUGUUUUGGUUACAUUUUGCACCAAUGAAAGUGGUGGACAGUCGUCGAUAUCAUUCCUCAUCAUCUCAAUCUAUGGUAACAGUUUGACGUUCCUCUUUCUCAUUCUCUUUAUUCCUCGUUUCCGUCGAUCAACCUACGAUCUCUUGUAUAUUCGUCGUAAAUAUGUACUUUUGUCUGCCUUGGGAGAGGUACUAUCUUUGGCCGGUUACUUUUUCGUUUCCAUAUCCUACCAUCUCUACUACAAUGGUGGCAUUGUCAGUGCAACCGAAGGUGCUCUCAAUCAAUUAUUCAAUCUAGUGGUUGCAAUCAUUCUCAAAAAGACUAUCAAUUUUGGAAGAGAUGUCAAAAGAAUUAAAGAAAAACUCUAUUCUUGUUUGAUUGUAACUGUUGGUUUAAUUUUAACUUCAACAUAA